CGUGUGAAUCAGCAAGCAUCGCCUCCAUUUGACGGCGAGUCUUCUCUCCGAGUGUCUACAGAGAUCUCAAGACUAGAUCACCCUCUCGAUUCGCUAGUUGGCCUGUCUUGGUCAAUUGAGAGUCUUGACGUUGCUCCGAGCAGGCACAACCGUGACGUAGCAAGGCUGCGAUUUGGCUUGCUAAGCGCCUUCGAGCACCGAAGCAACUACGAAGCAGUCUGACAGCCUGAUUCCUUGUUGUAGCCGUUUAUACCUCUCACGAUCCUCCUCAAAUCUUUGGCACGAAUCUCCUCCCAUCAGACCUGCUUGGCCGGCAAUGCCACCAUCGCCUUGAACUUUCUACACUGCAGCCCGGGCUCCAAUGAGUUCUCGUGCAACUGGACGAAAUUAUGGAAAGUCAACGACAUCAUCAUGUCGAAGGGUUGGUGAACGGCAGUCUUGGGAAACAGGACUCAGAAAUAUCAAGAGCUACAUCUCCGGCCGGUGCGGUCACCAUGGAGAAUGGACACACAGAGGGUGAAGACAUUGUCAAGCGCAACAGGCCGAGAACGUAUCCUUACUUCGCAUCCCUUCCCUAUCCUAUCGAAGAUGAGGCAACAAGACAGCAAAAUUUGUCCACGAUCCUGGACCAGCUAUACAUUGCUCUGCAGUCGAGCGACUUCACGCCGGGAGCUGUACAUUGGACGAAAGAACUUCGAAGUUGGAUGUCUCUAAAGUUUGACCCUCCCAAGCCAAUCCGUGUGAAACUUGUCAAGCUCUAUUUCGAACUUGCUCUGGCUCCCGGCAUCGACCCGAGUGUGAGCGAGCGGUUCGCUAGCAUGUUCAUGCUUCUCACAAAGAGAAAGCAUUACCUACGACCCCUCAAAGAGAUUACACUCGAUUGGCGACCCCUGUAUCGGGAAUUGAAGGUCUUUGUACUCCCCAGCGAAUCUGGGCUGAUGCAAACUACUAGUUUGAGGAGGAGCAUCAAGACCCUUAUCAAGAUCACUUCAUUUGCACAAUUAUACUUCGACCCCGAAGACAUUCCAGCAAUGUUAGAAGAGUGGUUGCCACAUUUCACAAUGUCAUCUGCUGAAGGGGCAUUUGUCGUGAUAGGGCUGUUGAAUAUGCUUCUGCCGACAACACCUCCUCCUCCCAACCGACAGGACCUAGUCCCUCAGCAAUUCCUGCCCACGUUUUUCCAUUUGUGGUCCCUGGUAAAUCGCUCUCGGGUGACAGAUAUCGCGUUUAUUGAUCUCUUCUCACGCAUGGCACGAGACAUGCUGCCAUGCAGUCAUAUAGACUUCUCGGAAUUCGGUCUUUUCACCGCCGAGCAGUCGACCUUGGUGACGACGGCCAUUCUGAGACUCUUGGAAAUCCCAGUGGGUCAGUCCACAUCUCCAUACAGCGCACUCGUCGAUUUAGGCGCGGGAAUGGGUAUUCUUCUGGAAAGAGACUCUCGAAAACAUCCCGUAUCCCAUCACAUUGCACGCUGGUUUGUGAUGUCUCUGUCACCAGCUUGCCUCGAGAAGAAGACGUCCGCUCUCUCCUUACUGGAGAACCUCAUCCAAGCCAUUGAGACAUUCUUCCAUCCUUCCAAUUCAGGUUCGUGGACAAGAACCCUGGCUCAGCUCGUCUUCUAUCUCGCGGACUUCUUUGUUAUGCGGUGGAAUAGAGAACGCAAUGGAGAAAUGGAGGUGCCCAAGGAGAGACGACUGAAUGAGCCUCUUCGUAAGCGGUUUGUAUUGUGUUUGCGCGAAGUCAUCUUCAUGGGCAUAUACGCGAAAAGUGGGACUGCAAUGAGUUACUCAUUAUCAACUCUGCAGGCUUUAGCAUUCUUAGAGCCAGACUUGGUCCUGCCUGGCGCGCUUCAACGAAUCUAUCCUUCAAUGCAAGGACUUGUCGAAGUUCACCGCACUGUAUCAUCCUUACGAUCUCUACAGAUCUUGGCACGGACAAUGGUGAGAACGAAGGGUUAUCGAUGUCACAUCACCGCUUUACUUGGCCUGGCACUGCCUGGAAUCGAUGCCAACGAUCUGGAGAAAACCCUGUACACUCUUUCUUUCUUCGGGAUUGUUUGCUACAAUAUUCCCUUCGAAGAUCUUUCAAAAGGCCGAGAAGACAUCCAAGGAAACAUGUUGGCGAUGGAUUGGAUCACUGGCGAAAUGGAACGGAUGGAGCAAGAGGGUGCUUCUGUAAACCUGAACUACGCUGAUCUGGAUCCCACCAUGGAAGAAAUGAUCCUGGCCUCUUCAACUGCUGGGUUCAGCGAAUUCGUUUCCUCUUUCUUGGGUCGAGUCUUUACCCUUCUCGAAAACCUCCCAGAUGCUGCGCGAAUUAGAAGCGGAUCACCCGAGGAAAACAUUGUCAACACACUACCAGCAGCCUUCCAGCCUUUGUUAGCAUCACUGUCCCCGGAGCUCUUCGACAUGGCCCUCAACAAGAUUGUGGACUUUGUUGCAAACCAUGUCAUCCAUCAAUCUAGAGACGCGAUGGCUUUCAUUUGUAAUUGUCUCUGCAAGGUCAAUCCAGAGAAGGCCCUCGCCAAGUUCGUCCCUGUGCUGAUCAGCGCUAUCCGCACAGAAAUCGACGAAAAUGGCGCUGGUACAACCAGAAACGCUGCCGCUGAUGUCCUGCCUCGCGAUCGUGGCCUGGUUUGGAACAUCAGCAUGCUCAGCAUGUGUGUGGUACAUGUUGGAUCAGCCGUCCUCAAAUACAAACAGGAUCUAUUUGAUAUCGCCAUUUACAUGCAGCAAAAAUGCAAGGGCACGUCGACUGUACAUGUGUCGAACUUUAUCCAUCAUUUGCUGCUGAACCUCACUGUCACCUUCACAGCGGAUCAUGCUUUGUAUGAGCCGGAGAGACUGAAAGAUGGUGUAAAGCCUCACUUGUGGGGUCUUGCAGAACCUGCAGCGACCAUCAAGCCAAAAUGGCACGUUCCCUGCAAAGAAGAGGUCGAAUUUGCAGUUGAACUGUUUCAGAAUCAAGUCGAAAAUUCGCUAAAGCAUCUCAGAGGUCUCAUACGCGGCACCUCUAGCAUCAAGCGUGACGGAAGCGGCAAAGAGUGGUCAGACGAAGUUUCACGCAAUCUCGUCUUACUUCGCCUCCUCCUUGCUGGUAUUUCGGGCCUGUUCGACUCCAAUGGUGUCAAUGAAGGUCUGAAAACAACAGCUGCUGGAAUUAAUGCCGAGGAUGCUUCGUCCCAAACCAAUGGUCAUGCUGUCGACAUUAGUGACAGGGAAGAUGAUGGCGAUGAUAUGAGUGGAGGCAACUCGUCCCUCGAUGAUGGUAUCGAUGAGGCGUCCAUCAAACCAUCCUUCCAGUACCCGUGUGGACAGGUACUCAUGCCUGGCGACGAUUUGUAUAAUGCUCUCCAUUCCCUCCGACAGGAUAUCGGGCGUGUUCUGCAUGAAGUGCACGAGUUCCUUACUCGCGAGGGUGAAGACGAUGUUUCAUCUUUCGCCCCCUUAUACACCGCUUAUAGGUCAUGGUUUGUCGAUGUCGGCCUCGAAAGAUCAGCUCACGUGCUUGAUCGGGUUACACGUCUCUUGCAUGCGGAUGAACAUCCAUACAAGGUCAGUGGUGUUAGGAAGGACUAUCCUCGUUCAAUACUCGUUCGUCGCGCAAAUGUGUACCAUACUCAACGAGUCAGACACAAUGCUACACCGAGACCGCGAUCAGAGUUAGAUGAGCAGCUCCUCCUCGAUCUUGCCCAGUCAUCUUUGUCGAUUUACACCGAAGUCCGCAGAAAUUCACAGAGUGCUGGGGAGUCUGCACUCAAAGUCAUUUUCGGCGCCAGAUUGUUUGUCAUUCCACACCUCCUAGAAUCGUUCCACGAGGCUGUGAAGACCAACGACUUCCCUCGCAUCAAAGGCGGUAUGUUUGCCCUUCUCUUCGGCAGUCUUGCCAAGACUUUGGGCAGGCAUUGGAAAUACACACCUGAAGUGAUUCGAACCUUCAUCGAAGCCAGUACAGCUGAUAAACCAUCGAUCCAGAAGCUUUGCAGCGGUGGUCUGUACCAGAUCAUGGAGUACGGUCGGCCUGGGCAUCGCAUGGCAAUCAUCGAUCGCACAUUUGUUGACCCAUUCGCUCCUGAGGACGAUGUUGAAGAUAAAAUUCAGAAGAAGAAGGAUUUUAUCCUCAACAAACGUGCCAAUAUCGAGCGGAAGAAACUGCAGUUGGCCGAAGAACUCGUUGCGCUUGCUCGUGUAUCCCACUGGAAGAAGGCAACUCGUGUCGCUACUAUCGUCAUGUCUCUUGGCCUUCGUUUUGAUCACAUUGCUUCGGACAGUAUGAUCGAUUUAAUUACACGGGGCACGAUUGACCCUCAUCCUGGACUUCGGGGACUUUAUUCACAAGGCCUGGUGGCUCUCUUCACCAUGACUGAUGUCCGAGCCGUGUGUAAUCACGAGUAUGCCAAUUAUAUUCAGGCCUUACAGGAUUUUCCCGCCAAAGUGAAAGUGGACACUAACGCCGAGGACCCAGCAUGGACGGAGGGCUACUUGAAGGCUUUCUCUCAACCAGAAGCCGACGUUUACAUUGAUCACGACUAUCCCGGUUGGCUGGUCUGGGCUAAAACCAUGCCUGGAUACAAAGCCAAUAUCAAAGACGACAUCAUUUACGAUCAGCUAGAAUAUGCGAAACGGGGAAAGAUCGGCGACCUGAUGAACCGAGAAUGGUUUGCUACAUUUUUCAAAUACCUCAAGCAAGAACCUCGAGACCAAUCUGCGGACAAGUUCCGCAUGGCUAGUGCAGCGAUGCUGACUUACGCUUUCGAACUGGUCAUUAGAGAUGGCUUGACUGAAGCAACGUUUGAAGAUGUCAAAGAAGAAACGCUCAAGGUUUUCGAAGAUGGAAGUGACAAGCAUCAACAUCGUGCCACCGCCGAAAUCCUUGCUGGUUUAGUGACGUCCGUCAUGGACAACUCAAUAUCUCGACGUACCGAGGUAUGGGAAUUUGCUUUCCCCAUCAUUAAACGUGUCUUCUCAGAUGGCUUGACACCGGAGAACAGUGGCUACUGGACGACUUUCCUACACAUGAUCAUGCAAGCCAGGGAUCCUCGGCGAGCUUGGCCUUUGGUAGAGUGGUUGUCGAGUUUUCGCCUGGAUAUGGGGUCCAAUGCUGCAUUCAAAGAGAGCUCAAAGAUCCAUCUCAUGCAUCAGGUUAUCAUGGAUGCUGGCUGGCAUUUCCAGCUUGACGCCCCCAUUACCGAAGACUUUUUCGCCCACAUUGAUCAUCCAUACAAAGGCGUCCGUGAAGCCAUGGCACAUACCCUCGGCACCAUCACUCGAACUCGAUACCAUGAGUCUUUCAAGGAUGUCCAAGACCUUAUCAAGGCGCAAAAGGCUGCAGGCUCUAUUGGAGUUCAGCCCUAUGUUCCCACUGAGGAAUUCGACGACAGAAUGCAUGAGGUCUUCGGGCGCCUCGAGAAAUGGCGACAUGAACGUACACCAGGUCAACAGACACCCUCGGCGUAUACCUCAGGAAGUAAGACGGUCCUCCUCUGGCUGGAUUCCAUGCUUUCUUCCUCCGAAUGCACCCAACUCCUCAAAUACUUCCCCAAUCUUUUCACCGAGCAGUUCUUGCACAUGAUGGAUGUGAAGGAAGAUCCUGAGUUACAGUCCCUGGCUUACCAUGUUUUCCGACAUCUACCAAAUAUUCCUCAUCGUAUGGGAGAAGACGCCCAAUUGAUUGCCUCUUUGAUUCGUAUUGGAAGAACGUCCCCUUCCUGGCAUCAACGUCUUCGAGUCAUGAUUAACAUGCAGAUCGUCUUCUUCAGACGAUUAUUCUUGUUGUCUGAAGAAAGCAAACGGAAGCUCUUUGACUGUGUAGCCGAUAUGCUUGAAGAUUCCCAACAUGAAGUCCGUGCCGGUGCUGCUACUACAUUGUCGGGCAUGAUCAGAUGUUCGCCUCUGGAUUUGAGAGAGAAAAUGAUCAUCAGCCUGCGUGACCGAUUUACUCAGAUGUUGAUUGACAACCCCCUUCCCAAGAAACCUAAGGGCCAACUUGCAGGGUUGUCAUCGGCUCGCACGUCAGGCACGAACACACCAACUCCCGAAGCCCAACGACUGGUUAUUACCCGGCACGCCGCAGUUUUGGGUCUAGGUGCGCUGAUCCAAGCAUUCCCAUAUUCGAGCCCGCCGCCACCGUGGAUGCCUGAUGUGCUUGUCACGCUGAGCCAGAAAGCCGCUAAUGAUCCUGCAACUGUGGGCAACAGCGUGAAGAGCAUUAUUAGUGACUUCAAGAAGACGAGGCAGGAUACUUGGCACAUUGAUGUGAAGGCUUUCAAACCAGAACAGGUCGAAGAUCUCUCAGGUGUACUUUGGAAGAGCUAUUUCGCUUGAUAUCAAAGUCCAGUAACUCCUCUUUAAUUUCCGGUGGCGAGGAGGGUCGGCAUAGCGUCGGGCGUUGUUGAUGUUUUGAUGAACCCAAAGAAUUUUGCUACAGAAUUGUUGUCAACCAUAGCGAUACCUAUGUCAUUAUCGACCGGGUAUGCGCAGCUCAAAGACAAUUGAUUCAAUUUUGUUUUCCCCAUCCUUGUCUAAAUAGAAUUUUUUGCUCGUUAGUGCUCGGGCAGCGUUCGGCUUUCGGGGGUAUUGGUUUUGUACUUGGUGAAGCGAGAGAUGGAAAACGAAUAUGAGAAAAAGAGAUGGGGACGAAAGGCUGCGAGUCUGAUCUCUGAUCUCUCCGAGCUACUUGCUUGCUUGUGGACAUGGGGACCGUGGCAGCUGGGAGGAAGGAGAAGACGUAAAAGGCUGAGGAAGGAAUAUUUUAGAUUACAGCUAUAACGGUGAGAAUACAAAGUUCCUGACCAGGAGAAGAAGUACGGUAGUAUAACCAUAGAGGAGGUACUGCGUAGCGAUUAUACUUGGUAUUGGGGAGUACGAUUGGUAUGGCAUUCAAGCAUGAGGUUCUCAGAACCAUGGCAUAAUAUACAAUACAGAGCACAGUAAGCAGGGGG